UAUUAUUUCUCUUUUUUAUUUCGUCUUGACCUCAUUGACGGGCUGCCGCCGGGAACUUGAGAUACAAAGGUGGGCGGGUGUUGGCUAGUCCAACUACUCCUCCAAACUCCGCAAGGAAAAGCCGACACCGACGAGCGAUGGGGAUUAUUCCGACCAACCACCGCCGGCGUUGGUCGGGGCUUUUACCGCUCUUCGCCGUUGUCAUAGUCGUCGGCGAGGUCGCCUUCCUCGGACACCUCGACAUGGUAAAGAAUGCCGCGAUGGUUCAAAACUGGACCAACUCCUUCAACUUCCCUUCCUCUUCCUCUUCAUCUUCCUCCUCUCGCUCGACGCGGCACGUUCUCCAGCAGGCGGAGGAAGAAGGCUGGUGCCGGGAGUGGUUAGAGAAGGAGGAUAAUGUUUCUUAUGCUCGGAAUUUCGAGAAGGAUCCGGUCUUGGUGGAUGGCUCGGACCAGGAUUGGAGUUCAUGCACCGUGGGGUGUAAGUUUGGAUUUCUAACUAACAAAAUACCUGAUGCCGUAUUUGGACUAUCCUCAAAUCCCGCAACAGCAACUCUUCACCGAUCCAUGGAAUCUUCUCAAUACUAUGUGGAAAACGAUAUUUAUCAUGCACGACGGAGAGGGUACAGUAUCAUAAUGACAACCAGUCUCUCCUCAGAUGUUCCAGUUGGCUAUUUUUCAUGGGCUGAAUAUGAUAUAAUGGCACCGAUGCAACCCAAGACUGCAGGAGGGCUUGCAGCUGCCUUCAUUUCAAAUUGUGGUGCACAUAAUUUCCGUUUGCAGGCUCUUGAAAUGCUGGAGAAAUUGGGUAUAAAAAUAGAUUCAUAUGGAGGCUGCCAUCGAAAUCGUGAUGGUAAUGUGGAUAAGUUGGAAACUCUGAAGCGGUACAAGUUCAGCUUGGCCUUUGAAAAUUCCAAUGAGGAUGACUAUGUCACAGAAAAAUUCUUCCAGUCCCUUGUUGCUGGAGCAAUACCAGUUGUUGUUGGUGCUCCGAACAUUCAAGACUUUGCUCCGUCUCCUAAUUCUAUUUUGCAUAUUAGAGAACUUGGUGAUGUCACCUCAGUUGCUGAAACUAUGAAAUACCUUGCGGAAAACCCUACUGCUUAUAAUAAGACAUUGAGUUGGAAGUUUGAUGGCCCUUCUGAUUCGUUCAAGGCUCUUGUAGACAUGGCAGCUGUGCAUUCAUCUUGCAGGCUUUGUGUUCAUAUAGCAACCAGCAUUCACGAGAAGGAAGAGGCCUCAUCAGCCAGAUUUCAGAAGCGACCAUGCAAAUGUAGCAGUAAGAUGGGCACUUUAUACCAUUUAUAUGUGAGGGAGAGAGGCCGGUUCAACAUGGAAUCUAUUUUCCUCAGUUCUCAGCAUUUGACCUUAGAAGCAUUAGAGUUUGCUGUGCUGAGAAAAUUCAAGUCGCUGAAUCACUUACCUAUCUGGAAAAGCGAGAGGCCAGAGAGUUUAAGGGGAGGAGAUGAACUAAGAGUAUACAGAAUAUAUCCAGUUGGUCUUUCUCAAAGGCAAGCUCUGUACAGCUUCAGCUUUGAGAGCAGCUCUGCACUACGGAAGCACAUUGAGACUCACCCUUGCAGCAAGUUCGAAGUCAUUUUUGUAUGACCAUAUUAUCUGUAAUUAUUUUUAUUUAGAAUUUAUAUAUAUUGCAUUCAAAAUUUUAUCAUUUAUAUAUUUAACAUUUAAAUUUCAUGAUUUAUAUAAAACAAAACCGCCGCGAACGGCAUGGGGAAGUCCUAGCAGAUCUCACUGGAAGGGCGAUGAGAUUAGUGGCGUGUGAAAGAUAGCGAAGAAGGUGAAUGUAAGUGUUGUUUUUAUGUUUUUUUUUUUCUUAAGUUUUGAGUGAUUGUGUAAAUGUUGAAGUUUAAGUGUUAAAUAUGUAAAUGGUAGAAUUUUGGGUUCUACGUAUGUUGAUCUUCCCGCU